UUUCUCCAUAUGUCAAAGCCUGCAACUGUUCUGCUCGGGUUCGAUUCGCUUCUUCCGGUUCGACGCUCUGAAACUUCUUUGUGAUGUUGCUCCUCUCUCUAUCGGUGCGGUUUUACGAAGCAUCUAAGCACAGUUCACUCGCGUUGAUCAAUCAAGAGCUUUGCAGCCACUCCUUAUCCUUAAGAGGCAAACAGGUUAAAACUUUCUCACAGAGCCUGAAAUUACUAUUAUGGUAUCCAAAACCAUGCAAGAGUUAUGUGUAGGAGUUCUUGGAAAUGGUUCGUGGGAUAUCAGUAAUGUUAGCAUCUGAGUCCGCUUUGCAAUGUACAUGCGAUCUCAAUCAAUAAGAUAUGCCUCAGGACAAGCUAAGAUCAAGAAUUUACAACUCGUUUCUAACUUGUAAUGAUCCAAAAGGCAUAGUUGAUAAGAACACUGUCAGGAGAAGGAAAGUUGCUUCAUCAAAAAUGGAGAAGCCGAUCAAAAGUCGGACAGCUAGGAAGAACUUUUACGAAUUUUCGGACUGUAAGUUACGAAGACAGCAAACAACCAUCAAAGAAGUAGGAGAUGAGUUCAGUAGUUCAUCCUCAUCUCAACUCAUGGAAGUGUCGAGAGGAACUCAGAAGCUGAAUCGGACAAUUGAUCGGUGGUCUAACGAGACGAAAUGUGAUGGACAGUCUGACCAAAUUGCAAGAGAUUUAUUUGAAGGAGCUCUUGAUUUGCAGCAGUCCUUGGUUAUUCUAGGGAAACUGCAGGAAGCUUCAAGGUAUAUGACUCAGGAGAAGAAAAAUGAACGGAUAGAAAGAAGAACAACUGGCCGGAACGAAUUUCAAAAACCCCAGCUUUCGGCUGAUUGUUCUUAUGGAGAUGGAGCUGAGGAACUGAAGAAGAUGAUCCGAGAUCGCCUUGCAAGACAACUCGUGUUUCCAAAUACAACAAACAAGGCUGAAAGAAUCAGUUUUCCUGAAAGUAGUAUGGAAAACUCAUCUUCAGAUCUUGCAUCCACAAGCUCUAGCCAAUCUUCAAUGGUGUACAACACUGCUCCAAACCCAGCAAAGAACGUUAAUACCAAAAAUUUGAUUGCAAAGCUAAUGGGUCUAGAACCUCAAUCAAAGCAAAUGCAUGAAAAUCCACACAAACAGUUUCUUGAUGAGAAAAUUUCAGAUCGCCAGAGGCCUAAGUUUAGCAUGGAGAUGGCUGAGACAAAGAAACUGAAGUCAAAUCUUGACACCCAACAAUUCAAAGGCAUUCUUAAGCAUCUUACAAAGGAAGCGAGUGACCAUUUCAAUAAUUCAAGCUACAGCCAUUCAGGAGAAGAGUUAAUCCAUACUGCUCCACCAAUUGUACUUCUACAACCUAUGCGUGUUGCACAGGUUGAAUCGGAGGAACGCCAAGCACACGUAUUCGAGGAAGAUGCAGCAUUGAACAAGAAAAAGUUCAUGAAACUGAAGAUGAAAGAAAAGUAUCAUCAGCAAAAGAAUGACAAUAAAGUAAAAGCUUUACGUUCCAAAAAAGUGCUUGGGUCAAUAGGGGCAGAAGAGACUGCAAUCUCAAGGAUUUAUCACAGAAAAGAAGCUGAAAACACAAAAGAAGAUAAUUGGCAACCAAAAGAGUGUGUGGAUGUUACCAAGCCCAAAAAAAGGAUUCCAUAUAUUCCAUUCAAUCAAAAUCUCCAGAGGAAAGAAGAAACUGAUACGAGAAUUCUAGAAUCACAGAAAGAGAUUGUAGAGAGAAAAAAUCCACUUUCACAAGCUAAGAGUGUGCCAAAAUUUCAAGAACAAAUGCAGGGAUCCCUUAGCAAACAUCAAUGGAAACCAAAUGUCAUAGGGGAACCUAUCCCUCAGGACUCUACUCCUACAUCGGACACUGCCCCCGAGCGCAGCCCAUUGAGCACGAAUCAAGCAAUUGCAGAAAAGGUCAUCAAUGAGGUUUCAAUAGAGAAACCAGGGGCCAUGAAAUUUGGAGGCAAAAGCGACGUUAAGAAGCCCGAUCGAACAUAUUCUCCAGCCUCUUCGUUAAAUAUGAAGGAAAAAGCUGGAAGCUCCAGACAUCAAACAUGUGACUACUGCAGCGAAAGCCAGAGUUCUCUCAGUCACUCAUGCCGCACACCAGAAAGCUUUAAGUACAUAGAACAUGAAUUGUCAGUUAUCAAACCUGUAACUAUCUCGAAAGUUCCGAUUUCGAUCAAUCUGCCGCCUUCCAGUCACACAAAUGAACUCCUCCAUCUGAAUGCGAAUGGAAAUUCGAGAGUAUGGAACUCACCGGAGAAAUCGCCGCCGAAUGCCUAUGACGGCAUGGAAUCUUUGAGAAAUUACAGAAAAAUUAAUCAAGCAACAAAUGGAGUUUUUGGUUUAAGCUGGCGAUGGCCGAUCCGAGAAUCGAUGAAGGAAGCAGAUGAAGUUGUGGAAGAUCUGGAGAAGAGAAUUUUAGUUGGAUUGAUUCAGGAGGCCUUCGCCUGAAUCUUUGUUUGCUCUUCAUCUUCCGCUGUUCUUCUUUCUUCUUUUUUUUUUUUUUUUUUUUUAGAUAUUUUAUCAAAUUUGAUAAUAAAAUAUAGGUUUAAAUUAUUCUUCCCUCAAAUCUAAUU